AUGGGGCUUUGGAUCUUGGCAAUUCUGACAGUUCUCAUACAUUCCACAGCAGCUGCAUAUAGUAAGCGUUGCUUUUAGACUAAAAUCUAACUAAACCAUUAUGGGCCUGGAAAUGAGGCUUUGAUUGUGAGAUGUCCUAGACAAGGAAGAUCUCGUUACCCUGUGGAUUGGUAUUACUCAAAAACAAAUGAAAGUAUUCCCACCCAGAAAAGAAAUCAUGUAUUUGCCUCAGGGGAACAUCUUAAGUUUCUACCAGCCAAAGUCAAUGACUCUGGGAUUUAUAUUUGCAUUGUCAGAAGUCCCACCCUCAAUCGUACUGGACACGCAUAUGUCACCAUACAUAAGAAACAACCAGAUUGCAACAUUCCAGAUUAUUUGAUAUUUUCAGCAGUAUUUGGAUCAGAAAAAAAUUCCAAAAUAUAUUGUCCUACAAUUGAGCGCUAUAAUUGGACAGCACCUGUUGAGUGGUUUAAGAAUUGUCAAGCUCUUCAAGGACAGAGGUUCAGGGCACACAGGUCAUUUUUGGUAGUUGACAAUAUGACAAGUGAUGACAAGGGUGACUACACCUAUAAAUUCACACGCAAUGAAAAUGGAGCCAGUUAAACUGUGACAGCCACCAGGUCAUUCGCAGUGAACAAUGAGCAAGGCUUUUCUCUGUUUCCAAUAAUUAUAGCCCCUCCACACAAUGAAACAAAGGAAAUAGAAAUCGGAAAAACGGCAACCAUAGUUUGCUCUGCUUGCUUUGGGAAAGGCACUCAGUUCUUGGCGGCUGUCCUGUGGCAGGUUAAUGGAAGCAAGGUCAGGGACUUCGGUGACGCAAGAAUUCAGGAGGAAGAAGGUCAAAAGCGAAGUUCCAGCAAUGACAUGAUGUGUCUAAACACGGUUCUGAGAAUAGGCGCUGUGAAGGACGAGGAUUUAUCACUGAAGUAUGACUGCGUGGCCCUGAAUCUGCACGGCGUGAGACGGCACAGCCUCAGACUCAGGAGGAGAGACCCAAGUAAGGAGUGUUGA